GUGGAGAAGAGAGUCCUUCACACUCCAUACAUUACAUACUACCUUUGGUGGCCUCCUCUUCCUAUUUCAUCAUAAAUAAAUUAUAAGAAAAAGAGGAGCCCAUAGAUGGAGAAGAAGAAGACCAUGUUCGUUGAACAGGGUAUCACGGAUCACGAGAUUGGUAAUACUAACAAAAACUUCGACGAUGAUGGCCGCGAGAAAAGAACUGGGACAUGGAUGACGGGGAGUGCACACAUUAUAACCGCGGUGAUAGGGUCGGGAGUGUUGUCGUUGGCUUGGGCAAUCGCACAGCUCGGAUGGGUGGCAGGACCCGCCGUGCUAAUGGCUUUUUCGUUCAUAACAUAUUUUACAUCAACUAUGCUUGCCGAUUGUUAUCGUUCCCCUGACCCUGUUACCGGCAAACGCAACUACACCUACAUGGAAGUUGUCCGAUCCUACUUAGGAGGAAGAAAAGUGCAAUUAUGCGGAUUGGCUCAAUACGGGAAUCUGAUUGGAAUAACAAUUGGCUACACAAUCACAGCUUCGAUAAGCAUGGUGGCGGUGAAGCGGUCGAAUUGCUUCCACAAAAAUGGGCAUAAAGUGAAAUGUGCCACUUCAAACACUCCCUUUAUGAUCGUAUUUGCAAUCAUCCAAAUUAUUCUUAGCCAAAUCCCAAAUUUCUACGCCUCCAUUGGCAUUGGUCUCUCCAUCGCCAAAGCGGCUGGUGGCGGUGAGCACGUAAGAACGGCACUGACAGGAGUUACGGUCGGGGUUGAUGUAUCGGAUUCCGAGAAAGUAUGGAGAACGUUCCAAGCGAUUGGAGACAUCGCAUUUGCCUAUGCAUACUCAACUGUACUCAUUGAAAUACAGGACACCCUGAAAGUAGGUCCACCAUCAGAGAACAAAGCCAUGAAAAGAGCAAGCCUCGUGGGUGUUUCCACAACGACCUUCUUCUACAUGUUAUGCGGAUGUGUUGGUUAUGCUGCCUUUGGAAAUGAUGCGCCCGGGAAUUUUCUAACCGGCUUUGGUUUCUAUGAGCCAUUCUGGCUAAUUGACUUUGCCAAUGUUUGCAUAGCAGUGCAUCUUGUUGGUGCUUACCAGGUCUUUUGUCAGCCCAUUUUUCAGUUCGUAGAGAGCCAGAGCGCAAAACGUUGGCCAGAUAACAAGUUCAUCACAAGAGAAUACAAAGUCCAUGUCCCUUGCUGUGGUGAAUUUAGUAUCAACUUGUUCAGAUUGGUUUGGAGGACUUCAUAUGUUGUUGUCACCGCGGUUGUAGCCAUGAUCUUCCCUUUCUUCAACGAUUUCUUGGGUCUUAUUGGAGCAGCUUCCUUCUGGCCUUUAACAGUUUACUUUCCCAUUGAGAUGCACAUUGCUCAGAAGAAGAUAAAUAAGUUCUCUUUCACUUGGACUUGGCUAAAAAUCUUGAGCUGGGCUUGUUUCAUCGUCUCACUCGUUGCUGCAGCCGGAUCUGUGCAAGGACUCAUAACAAGUCUCAAGGAUUUCAAGCCUUUCCAAGCUCCCUAAUGAAAUCUGUGUUCUCACCAAAACGUCUCAAAGAACACAACUUCCAUGCACUCUCUUCUCUUUAAUAAAAGUGUCUAUUUCUUUGUAAUUUAUUGGUGUUUUAUCACAUAGCAAAAUGUUGUACUUGUACUUGCUUGUUUGAAAAAAUUCUAUCAGCAAUUAGCCCCAUUUCCUUUUU